GCUUUUCUAGCUUGGGUGUUACGCGAUGGCUGCCAGUCCAUUCGAUGCUCCAGGUGACAAGGAUGAUAUGAUAUCUCCGCGUUUGUGCUCUCGUUCCGGCGGCGACCCCACAAUCUCAUGCACCGGGGACGUCAGCACCUGGUGCCUGCGCUGCAUCAUGGAGAGCGACUGGAGUCUCACCGAGAAGAUGUCGGCCCUCUCGAAAGUCCUAAAAAACCCGGAGUUCCUAAACGCAGAGAAAGAUUACAGUACCAUCCAGGUGAUGAUUUUGACCGAGAUUCACAGCGUUCUCAUACAGAAGCGCGCCCUCCGCCUAUACGGCCCCAUGUUCAAGAACGACUUCAUCAAGUAUCUGGAAUUCGUCAGCAACGCGGGACUCGGCGAAGCCAUUCCUAAGCUUGCCAAAGUGAGACUCUCGCGCUCAAUGAAAACCGACUUCAACCGGCAAUGGUAUUCAGUCGGGUACUACUGUGUGUCCAUUCUCGGUUUGAUCUCACGUCUGGAAGGAGCCAAGGACCUUGUGGAAUUGGGUAUAAGACCGUUGUCUAGUUAUUGCGAGCGAGUCGAGGCAGUGAAGAAUGACUUUCUUGUUCGGUCUAUGGAGGGCGGAAUAAUGUCUGAUAUUUUAUCUAUGAUGGCAGGUGGUAGAGGAGUGAUUGAGUUGUUUCGAUCUCCUUGGGCACUGAAGGGAAUCCUUGCUGCGUAUCCUGGUGCGUAUUCUUUACUUGUUGAUGCGGAUGGACUUUCUGUUCUCUGCAAGAUGUUUGCGCCUGGUGUUAUCCAGGACCUCGUGGAAACCAGAAUAAGGAGUGGUAAAAUGAUGAACUAUGAUCAGACAUUAUUGGGCUUUGACCAUGGGUCUGGACCGCGUCCAGUAAAGAGUACAUAUAAGAUGACAGAUGAAGAACUGAUCGAGUAUGUUCAAUAUCGAUUCUGUGAGGUACUGGAAGAUAUAGGAGAUGUACUCGUUGCAGUAUGCAAGUACAAUUGUUCGUACUGCUUUCAACUACUCGAUCAUUCGCCGGUUGCGACUUGGUUGCGUUGGCUGAAGGUGCCAUUACGUGACCAAUCUGAUAUCCUCGGUGUCAGAUUGUCUAUUAGACUGCUAUUGGUAGUUAUCAAACAGCGACCAAAGGCAGCCGAAGUUCUUGCUGUUAAGCACGGCCUCAUUGUUUUAUUGGAACCAGUUUUGUAUCUUUCUUAUGACUCAGUGUUGGGUCCGUUGCUUCAAAUACUGAAGAUUAUGCUUCAGAUUCAAGGAGAGCCUAGGAAGAUGGUGAUGCGGAGCAGUCGAAUUCUUCAUGGUGUUGCGUGCCUGAUUCACACAUCUGUUCGUUCACUACAGAUUGACGCUUUUGAUAUUUUGAAUGACAUUCUAAAGAGCGACACUCGUCAGUUACUAAUAGAUUUGGUUGGUAGAGAGCUGCUGAGAAAGGUUCAGGUACUUGUGGGCAUUGCUGGCGCGAAACAUGAUGAGGAAAUACGUUCUCGUUGGAUACGACUUAAUAAAUACAUUACACAGUAUUGUGACGAUUAUGUUGAGCAAGCAGCCGACAGUGAUCGAUAUCUUAUUCAGAGGUCGGAAGCUAUUGGUCCGGCAGAUGAAGUAGAUGCUCAACAAAUUGAAUUACGAAAACGAGGGAAUUCAGCAUUUACUGAAGGUCGAUAUAGGGCAGCAGUUGAAGCAUAUACAGUAGGACUUCUUUUAGCUAGUGUUCCUUCUGCUGACAUCAACGCGGUUCUUUACAGCAAUCGUGCUGAAUGCUAUCUUCGACUUCGGAAAUUUGAGAAUGCUGUUUUUGAUGCAACUCGAUCAAUCAACUGCAUGUUCAAAAGCUCAUCUGUUUAUUCAAAGACUUGUUUUCGUAGAGCAAAAGGCAACUUUGCUGUCGGUCAUUAUCUUGAGGCAUUCCACGAUGUGGCUGUGUGUGUGAAUUCGGACCCGAAGGAGCCAAAGUUUCGAGAAUUGUACACGAAGUUGGAGGAGAUGUGGAAGAAAGACGAGUUUGCUUCAACAGACAAAUUCAGGGAAGAAGUCCUUUUUGCCUCUGAUGCAGAGUACAGGUGGAAAGAGAUGGAAAGGGAAAGACACAAAGCAAAGAAGGAAGCAAUCGAAAAAGAAAAGUCAAUGCAAGAAAAGCAGCACAAGACAAAGACAAGUGAAAAACAGAAGCAACAAGAUACGUUGAACGGUGCGGAGGGAGCAAUCAAUGAGAAGAAGGAAAUUAAGAAGAAAAAAGUCCAUGUUUGUGCAGAGUGUGGCACUCAAGCAAGUGGAAUGAAAAAGUGUGGGAGGUGUGCCACUUACUUCUGCAACAAGGAAUGCCAAAGCAAGGCAUGGCCAAAACACAAGCUGAUAUGCAAGUAGACAAUUGCUGAAUCGCUGACUAUUAGAGGCUUCUAGAACGAAUGGCUGAUUGUUGAAGCUUCGAGAAUUAGUGUGAUGUAGAAUUGGAUGUCUUUAUGUGCCAAUUUUGUUUGUAAUUCGUUAUGAUUAAUGGACACUGUUGCUUAUCUUUAGAUUUUGAUUGUUUUAGUGGGAAUUAUUAGUAGCCUCGAUGCUUUUGAAUUUUGCACAAGCUUUUGAGUACUGGAAAUCAUUUGUCACAUUAUUCGUACUGCUUAGUGUAUGUAGCUUUUUUGCUAUGAUUUGGCAACGAAUUUCUUGGCCAAUAUUUGAUUAGUGGAUUGUGAUAUUUAAAAUACUUGCAUCUGCUCA